AUGGAGCCCCCCAAAUCCGGCGAGGCGUGCCCCAACGGCGACCUGAAGCUGGUGGCCCACCCGCGGGCCAAGAGCAAGGUGUGGAAAUAUUUCGGGUUCGACACGGACGCCGAGGGCUGUAUCCUGCAGUGGAAGAAAAUCUACUGCCGCAUCUGCGUGGCCCAGAUCGCGUAUUCGGGCAACACGUCCAACCUCUCCUAUCACCUCGAAAAGAAUCACCCCGAAGAAUUCUGCGAGUUCGUCAAGAGCAACACGGAACAGAUGCGCGAGGCCUUCGCCACGGCCUUCUCCAAGCUCAAGCCGGAGGCCGCGGGCAUCCCGGCGGCGGCGGCGGGGUGCCUCUCUUCCGCGCCCCAAUCUUCCUCCGCAUCGCCCUAUUCGGGCGCCGCUUGUAUAUCCUCUAUGUCUCCGUGCCCCUCGACUCCGAACGCGGCGCCCGCCAAGGCCAGCGGCGCGGACUCCCGGCGCCACCAGGAGCUCACGGCGGCCGUGCUGCGCCUCGUGUGCGAGGGUCUGUACCCCCCUUCUAUCGUGGACGAGCCCACUUUCCGCGCCCUGCUGCGCACGGCCGAACCCCGCUACGAGAUCCCGAGCCGGGCGUAUUUCUCCGGGGCCGCGCUCGCGGAGAAGUACGCCGCCGUGCGCGCCCAGGUCCUCCGCGAGCUCGCCGGCGCGCCGUGGUGCGGCCUCUCCGUGGACCGGUGGGACAGCGCGACCCAGAACCGCACAUAUGUCACGGUGGCGGCGCACUUCCUCGGCGCCGGGUGCGAGGCCGACGCUUCGCCGCGCCCCGUUUCUCUAACUCCGGGAUGCCGCUGUCUUAAGACCUUCGAGGUCCCCGAAGAGAACACGGCGGAGACGGUCGCACGCGUGUUGUAUGAGGCUUUCGUGGAAUGGGGCAUCGGGUCCAAGGUCUUCGGCGUCACCACGGACGGCUCCCGGGACAUGCUGAAGGCGUGCCGGCUGUUGGACGUGUCCGUGCAGAUGCCGUGUCUGGGCCACGCGUUCCACGCCGGCAUGCGGGAGGCCUUGCGCGUGCCGCAGCUCGCCGCGCUCCUCUCCCGGUGUUCCCGGUUGGUGGACCACUUCCAGCGGUCUUCCGUGGCCGCGUACAUGCUCUAUGAGAAGCAGAAGCAACGCCGGCAGCCGCCACGCAUGCUGCGCAGCGCGCGCGCCACGGGAUGGCGCGGCGUGCUUGGCAUGUUGCGUGUCCUCCGCGAGAACCAGUUCGCCGUGGCCGCCGUGCUGAUGGAGGACUCCAACAGCCAUCACCUCAUGCUGGACGCCGCGGAGUGGGGCACAGUGGACGCCCUCGCGGACCUGCUGCAGCCCUUCGCCGAGGUGGCCCAUGCCCUCUCCGUGUCCCGCUACCCGGCGAUCAGCACCGUGAAGCCGGUGCUUCAUAUGUUGCUCAGUACGACGCUGCGCGUCAAGGACACGGAUGCGAAAGAGCUCGGCCUGGCAAAGGACAUACUAAGCAAAGAACUCUCUAAAACAUACCAAGAAUCGCCAGAGGUUGACAUGUUCCUUAACGUGGCCGCGUUCUUGGACCCGCGCUACAAGCGGUUGCCCUUCCUCUCCGCCUUCGAGCGCCAGCAGGUGGAAAACCGUGUGGCCGACGAAGCCAUGGCGGUAUUAAACCGACUCCGCGACGCGCCCCUCGCCUCAUCCCCGUCCCCAGAGAAGCCCGCUUGCGACAUCAUCGCCGAGGAGGAUGCGACAUCGCCGCCCGCCAAAAAGCGCGCCAUCGACGGACACGCUAGCGUCAUGCACGACAUGCUAGCGGAGAUCUUCCGCCCCGCCAGUGGCGCCGAGGACCCCGACGAAUGCCAGGCGCAAAUUUUGGAAGAAUUAAGCAACUACAAGUCGCAGAAAGUGUUGGCGCUCGCCGAAGACCCCCUCAAAUGGUGGAGUGACCGCGCAGCACUCUUCCCGCUCCUUCCGACAGUGCUCCGGAAAUACUGGUGCGUGUCCGCGACCCGCGCGCAGCCCCGGAGGCUCUUCGGCUCCUCCGCAACAGUGCUCGCCGCCAAGCGCAACGGCCUGGCCCCGGCCCACGUCCACCCACAGGUGUUUCUCUACGAGAACUCCCGCGACGGCGCUUCGGAGCCGGAGGACGAAGACGAGGGCGAGUGGGGGCUCGAACCCGAGCAGGUGUUGGGGCUCGGGGACCCCACCGGGCACGGCGGCGGCUUCGCGGGCACGCGUGACCCCGGCGGGCCGUUCGCGUGA